UGCACUGAAUACUGCAUUGAAUUGUUAUGCACCCUACGCUUCGCCUGUCUGAACCAAUCCCAUUACCAUGGCUUCCCUGGGUCAGAUCAUUUUAUGGAGCAUGAUCACCAUCAUCAUAAUCCUGGUAGCAGUGAUUGUGCUGAUCAUCGGCUUUGGUGUUUCAGGGAGACGCUCCAUCAGUGUCACCACACUAACCUCCGCUGGGAACAUUGGGGAAGAUGGCAUCUUGGGCUGCACUUUUGAACCUGACGUCAAGCUCAGCAACAUAGAGAUUCGGUGGGCUAAAGCUGGGGUCUCUGGGAUGGUGCAUGAGUUUAAAGGCGGCAAGGACCAUCUAAAGGACCAGGAUGAAGUGUUCAAGGGCCGGACAGCAAUAUUCCCAGAGCAGGUGAUUGGUGGGAAUGCCUCCUUGAUGCUGAGAGAUGUGCAGCUCUCCGACGCUGGUGCUUACAGGUGCUCUGUCACCACAUCCAAAGGGAAUGGAGAAGCAGGGCUGAAAUACAAGACCGGAGCCUUCAGCUCUCCAGAGAUGCAUGUGGAUUACAACAGCAGCAUGGACACCCUGCGGUGUGAGGCUCCCCGGUGGUUCCCUCAACCUGUUGUGACUUGGACCUCACACAAUAACACAAGGGACAACUUAUCUGAGGGCUCCAACACCAGCUUCAAGCUGAACUCUGAGAAUGUGACUAUGAAUGUGGUAUCUGUUCUGCACAACAUUACAGCUAAUACUACCUAUACUUGUGUAAUCAAGAACGACAUUGCCAAAGCUACAGGGGACAUCAAAGUGACAGAUUCCAGCAUCAAGAAGACAGUUCAUUUGCAGCUAUUGACCACGAACAUGGCAUCAGGCUCCUUAUCCCCUCCUGCCCUUUACUGGAUACUUCUGUCUCUCCUGUACCUGAUGGCUUUGUAGUGCUUGAGCUCCAUAAAGAAAUGUGAAGAGGAGUUGGAACUGGAGAUGAAGAAUUCCACAAGGAUACCAGGCAAGAUUAAGUGGGAAGGAAGACGUCCUAACCAAAGGAAUGGGAUACAUUUUCUUACUUAAAUAAUGUAGUGAUCAAAACUUUGUUUUUAUCUAUCUAUAAAGGCUCUAUCCAUGAUCACGCAGCUGGAAAAAGGAUUUGCCAUAUUGGAUCAGAUCAUUGAUGCCUUGAGUUCAGCAUAUUAUAAUAUGCAAAUUGUGUAUUUUUUCUCAA